CGCUGCAGGCUGAAAGCAACAGCGAGCUCUCAGCUGCUCGCAGUCCUGCUCAGUCCUGCGCUGGUAACGCUGAACUGGCGGCUGCAACUGCGAGAAACUUUUAGUCAUUUUUUUCCUUUCUGCUUUUUGUUGAAGAUGACCUAACUUCGAAAGAGCCUCUGCUGGCCAGGGAUCGGCUCAAGUGUGUCUACCUCCUCCUCAACCACAACCAUCAUCAGCACUUGAAGACUGCGCUUCAGAUGGGAGGUCACCAACCGGUCAUCUGUUCAGCCCAAAUGCACUAUCUGCCCUCCUGCCCCGUCUAAGAUGGCUGCCUCUGGCCUUCUUCUGCAUCCCAACAGACUGGAGCAGAGCUGCGUGUUACCAUGGUGAUCAUUUUCUUGAAAACACUGGAAAAGAAGAAGGGUGUCAAUGAUGUAAGGUCCAAGAACACCGAGAGACGGCUGCGUGACCUCCACACCAUGAGCAGAGGGACCACCCUCUUCUCCUGUGGAACUGUGGAGGCGGAUAGGUGGCUGGACUUGGGGCAAAGCUGUGCCAUCCAGCAGAGAACACCCUGCCAGCCUGGGGCCAGUCUGGAGAGUUUGUGGGAUGUGAUGCCUGACCCAGGGAACUGGCACUGGGCCAAGGAGCCAGGCAGCGCCACAGCAAUCACCAGUCUGAUAAGAGAUCUCAGCCUCGGCAACGGCAGCAUAGCCACCCCCCACUGUCACACCAUGUCCACCACUGCACACUACACCACUACAGCUAUCAGCCAAGCCCCUACGGCACCCCCAAGCAAACGCCAGUGUCGCUCCCUGUCAUUCUCAGACGAAUUCAGUGGGUUUCGCUCAUCUUGGAGGCCCCAAGGUUCCCGGGUGUGGACACCAGUGGAGAAACGAAGGUGCCACAGUGGAGGAAGUGUCCGAGGAGGAGGGGGUUUCUCUGGCAGCCAUUUUCCUGCCGUGCAGCGUAGCUCCAGCUUUAGUUUGCCCUCACGCUCCAGCAUCCCUUCAGAUGGAGCCCUGGACCUGCCAUUCUUUAACCAGCGACUGCCUCUCCUCCCUCAGUUCACAGCCUCUCCAGUCUCCCCUACAUCUCCUUCCUCCCAUCAUCACCACUCUUGCCAUCACCACUUCCUCAGGCCUCUCUCGCUCUCCCACGAGCAGAUCAGCCUGCCAGAACUCCAGAGGGAAGAGGCGUCGGAGGCCAGCUCUCCAGACUCCACCCCAGAAUUAGGGAGACGAGCCGGCCAGAGACCCGGGGGCACGGGGUGUCUGUCACGGAGCAGGUCCCAGCCUUGCGUGCUAAACGACAAAAAGAUUGGUAUGAAGCGUAGGAGACCAGAAGAUGCCCAGGAGCAGCGGCCCUCCCUGGACCUGGCAAAGAUGACUCAGAAACUUCAGACUUUUCAGAGCUUGAGCUGCCCUGGAUUCUCUUCCACCGAUGGCUGCCAAUCAAGCCUGCCCCCUCCCACCUCUGAGACCUCCAGCCAACCAGUUUUGGACUUCACUGCUAUGCCAGAGAUGGGACUGGAGUCACGGCAGGAAGUGGCAAAAGAUGAGGAGGAAGAGGAUUCAUCCUACGAGGAGCUGGAUAGCGACUCGGCUUGUAGCGUGGAUUCACGGCCCGGGUCUCCUGUAGGCAUCGUGGGUGGUAAACACACCCUCUGGAAGGGUGACUGCGGGACACAGAGGGACAUUUUCCAGCUCGGGGGAGAGCUGGAUCUUGACCAGAUUGAGAGAAACUGAAAAUUUUAUAGGAGAUAAUAAAAAGACCGUGUCUGGACUGAUGUAGGAAGGUUUUGGACAUUGAUGAUGUACCAAGAGAGGACUAUUAAGAAGGGCUAUGAGAAAGAGUGGAGGAUGUUUUUGUCAAUUUCUAAAGGGAAAGAUGAGGAAGAUGUUAUAGAUGAUAAAGGAUUAAGUAUGUUGUUAACGGCUGGUUUCUUAAUGACACAUUUGGCUUGAACAUUCUUACUGUUUGAAUCAAAAAGCAGUGACCUUAGUUGUUUUAUUGGGUAUUCAGCUUAACUCAGGAGUAGGAAAGUGAGGGUUAGUCUUAAAAGCCCCCACUGUCUUUUCAACCUGAUGACCUUUCCAAAGUCAGCUAACCAUAGAUUUGUAGCUCUGUAGCAGUACCUGGGCUUUCCUGUAUUAAGCCCGAGUUUUUUUUUUGUUGUUGUUUUCUUUUUCUCAGAGAAAGUGGGGGGCGUCAAUGAUGGGGUGAAACAGGGAGGGGUAAACAACAGGAAGAAGUAUCUUCUCGCAGACUUACCCAUGACCUUUCUCUUCAUCUUUUGUGCACACAUUAAAUCAGAUUUUUGUUUUUGUGCUGAAUGUAGGCUCAAUAAGCUUUAUGAGGAGUUCGGAAAACGACAGUGCCUUCUUUUGGAUGCUUGUUCCAGCUGUUCUCUUCAAGAAACUAGCCUCAAUCGAAGCCACCUUUUCUGACCUUUUUGUAGUUUCUUAAUAUGCAAAUUGUAUAUUUGAAUUCAACACUGAAUCUCAAGUUUUCAGUUCUAAUAUCAAUGUAUAUUUUUCUAAGUGACUGUUUUUUAUGAGCUGUUUGCGAAAAGAGAAAGAAGGUCUUUCUUCUAACAGAAUGGACAUGAAAUAAAUUUACAACCUGCA